AGAUGCUUACACUGAUAUGCUGCAGGGUGCCAAGCCCCUGCCGCAUCCUCUCCUGAUGGCCCCGGGUAACCGAUCUCCUCCUGCCUGCCCGGGUGAAGAGCAUGGAUGCCUGAAGUGGGACGGACAAAGAGGGGGAAACUCUGGCCCCGUCCCGUUCUCCACUUUCAAUGAGCGCUCCGAUCAAGCAGGAGUAAACGUCCAGGUGGAACAGUCCAGCGUCUCCACGCACGCCCGCCGGUCCGUACCGUUUUCAGGUGAAAAGUGGCGCAGGGACUUACCCUUUUUUUCUUUUCUUUGUAACGCCUGGUGGAUUAUUUUACAUUCUCAGGUCGGGACAUUGCACGAGAACAUCUGGUUGACGUGCUGAACCAGUACACCACCCAUCAUGAUCAGGGCAUCACUCACUACCGUCUGCCUCGCGCUCCUGCUGUCCUGUGCUUGCUGGGCCAAGCCUAAUGGAUCAAAGAACAAGAAACCAAAGCAAGUUGUUCCAGACAUAGAGUGUGAUGUCCGAGCGGGAAAGAUCAACCUCCCAGAGUUCAUAGUCAAAUGUCCUGCACACUGCAAGGAGACAAAGCAGCAGGUCUACGGGACAGGGGUGUUCGCCUCCAUCUCCAGCAUCUGUAACGCAGCCAUCCACAGUGGCAUCCUCACCAACACAGGGGGAAAGGUGAUCGUGAGGAAGAUGGCCGGGCAGAACACUUACAAAGGCAGCAACUCCAACGGGGUGCGAUCUCUGUCGCUUCCAAAGUGGAGGGAGUCAUUUAUUGUCUCAGUGGGGAAGCCUAAGAAAGGAGUCAUCUACCCGUCUACCUUGGACUACGUCCCUUCCAGACCAACCUACGUGAAGACAAGUCAAAAGGAGGCCAAAUCCCCAGCGGGCACCACGGCACUGCCUUUGACAACUGCACCUGAACCCACCACAACUACAACGCCUGAACCCACCACCACCACCACUACACCGGCUCCGACCACCACCACCGCAGCUCCACCACCCACUACCACCAAAGCUCGAGCUGCUGUGCACAAAGUCAGGGAUGCAGGCAGCAGUCACCCGUACCUUGCCUCUGUGGCAGCCGCAAGUUCAAGGCAGUCACAAAACGGUCAAGGAAAGAGUCCCAGCCAAGUAUUCAGAGGUGGUGCCUAUCCGAAUAGAUUUCCACUACGUGCCAGUGCAGGUCUGCGCAGACCAGAGGCAGGGUCGGCCAUCAGGAGACAGCUAUCCUCUCCAGUCGGCCCAGCUUUUAACAGGGUUCAGCCAGCCCAACCCGAGCGGACACCAACCCUGAGCCAGUCCAACCCCACUUUUCCCAGAAGGGAUUGGGCCGCCCCCUCCUUUCCUCGUCCCGAUUGGUUCCCUGGAGCUCGGCGACCAGCAGAUAUUAGUAACUCAGGUCCAGACUCAGGAUACACAUGGAGCGAGACUGACACACCUGAGAUUAGCGCUCGGGAUCACAGGCCUGAUAUCUCAGAGUUUGAGCGCUGGUAUUAUAACUUUGGACCGUACCCGCCACGAUCCACCGACUCAGAUGUCAACCGUAAGAUGCCAGUGGAUGCAACCCGCACUCGAGUGGAGCCAGUGGAUGCCUGGAAACCAGAAGCAAACAUUUAUGAAUCAGGUUUUGGCACGAGGGAGCAAGAACCUGCACCUAGAGCACCUGAGCCUGUGUCACAGGGAGACCCAAAUUGUAAGGUGGACCUGGCUUUUCUGAUGGAUGGCAGCUGGAGCAUUGGGAAGCGGCGUUUUAAGAUCCAGAAGGACUUCCUGGCUGAGGUGGCUCAGACCAUCAACGUGGGUGAAAAUGGACCCAUGAUGGGCAUCAUCCAAUACGGGGACGACCCUGUGACGGAGAUCAGUCUGAAGUCUUACUUCAACUCCAGGGAGCUGAGGACAGCCGUAGAUAAGAUUGUGCAGAAGGGAGGCCUUUCAAAUGUGGGAAAGGCCCUCUCCUACGUCAACAAGCUGUACUUCAGUGACGCCAAUGGAAACCGAGGAGGAGCCUCUAACGUGGCGGUGGUGCUGGUGGACGGCUGGCCCACAGACAAGGUGGAGGAGGCGUCUCGACUCGCCCGGGAGUCGGGCAUCAACAUAUUCUUUGUCACCAUCGAGGGCGCUGAUGAAAAUGAGAAACAAAACCUGGUUGAGGCCAACUUUGUUGACAAGGCUGUGUGUCGGACAAACGGCUUCUACUCCCUGCCGGUGACCAGCUGGUUUGCCCUGAGGAAGGCAGUGCAGCCCCUGGUCAAGAGAGUGUGUGACACAGACCGCCUGAUGUGCAGCAAAACCUGCCUCAACGCCAACGACAUCGCCUUUGUCAUCGACGGCUCCAGCAGUGUGGGAACUGGCAACUUCCGCACAGUGCUGCAGUUCGUGGCCAACGUGACACGGGAGUUUGAGAUCUCUGACACGGACACGCGGGUCGGAGCUGUGCAGUACACCUACGAGCAGAGGCUGGAGUUUGCCUUCGGCCAGUACAACAACAAGGCCGAGUUGCUGAACGCCAUCAAACGCGUCAACUAUUGGAGCGGCGGCACCAGCACCGGUGCUGCCAUCACCUAUGCCGCAGAGCAGCUCUUCAGCAAAUCCAAACCCAACAAACGCAAGAUCAUGAUCGUCAUUACAGACGGUCGCUCCUACGAUGACGUCAGGGCACCUGCUCUGGCUGUCCAUCGCCAAGGUGUGAUCGCCUACUCCAUCGGCAUUGCCUGGGCGGCCCAGGACGAGCUGGAGUACAUCGCCACUGACCCCGACAAGGAGCACUCCUUCUUCGUGGACGAGUUUGACAACCUCUACAAAUUUGUACCCAAGAUCAUCAACAACAUCUGCCAGGAGUUUAAUUCGCAGCCCAGAAACUGAGGACGGACGGACGGACGGACGGACGGACAGACGGACAGACGGACGGACGGACGGACGGGUGGAGGGGAGGUGUGGAGAGGGACAUCCUGAUCGUGGGCUGUCCUGACGGAACGCUGAUUGUAAAUUUACUCACUCUGUUGCCCAGAUGGUGGUGCUUGAUUGGCUGCAGCUCCCCCCGUAUUUGAACAGGGAGGGGUUUUGAGUUUAGGAGAGCACUGGGGGUUUUGGGCGAAACAAAUCUAAAAGUGAAUUAACAUUUGGUCCCAAAUAUACAGAUGGUGCUAAUAGUAAAGGGUUUGCACACAAAGUAACCUACUGACAUGCCACGUGGUGCCAGUUGUUCUCUGUCUGCGCCUUUACAGAGAACAGUGUUCCUAAGCAUUUAAAAUGACGCUACCACUCUGUAAUAAGUCACCUUUUUAUAAUUGGUUUGUAAGUUGUAAGUAAGUUCAUUUUCAAUUUCAGUAAAUCAUUUUCUAAUGCUUUGAAGGUCAAUUAUCAAGUCAUUCAUUUAUGUUGCGCUUAUCCCUACUUAGCAUGAAACCCCUUUUUUUUUAGUUUAGCAUGCAAAUAUUUAAUGGAUUGUGCGACUUCUGACCUUCUGUAGAAGAGCUGCAGAACAUCUGGACCAAAGUUCACCCGUCAACAACUUGUCAGUGUUUACAGACUGCAGCAGAUGUGGUUGACUGAAUUUGUAACCAGGAGCUGGAAAGGCCAGAGAUUUUUUCCAUUAACUGGAAACUCAAAAUGUCAAUAAAUAAUUUAUUUUCAAUGAUUAGGGUCCUUAUGAACAACUUAAAGAACCAUGAAUAAAAGGUGCCUUACUAAGAGCUGGCACCAGAGUGACAAACAAACAGAAAGCUGCCUUAUUGGGACAUGGUGCUUGCAGAGAAAUGUUGAUUCAAAGCAUGUCUAGCACUUCCUCUUUUGGCUUAACAUACUUCAUAAACAUAAUAAUAUGGUGCUUUUUUAUAUACAAUUCUCUUUGAAGAGGAUAUACUUUCUUAGAAACAGUGCAUAUUGAUCUUCCUAAUAGGAGAGAUUUGUUAGUAGGGACAUUGUUUAAGUUCCUCUGUGCGACAAUGGUGCUGACAUAUUAGUGGUAGGUGAAAACGAGGCUCUUGUGCAACCAACAAGUGAACGUGACGCGGUACAGUAAGUCAGCAACGCGGAACAAGGAAGUGGCGGUGGAAGUGAGGAAAGAGGAAAGAGGAGCUUGUGCAGAGUGAUGGCAGAUGUUCACUUUGCUUCUCCGGAGUGAAAGCAUUUCAUCCUGUCACUCUUGUUUUCUUAUUGUGUGGUUGCUUCUAACACUGCAGGCAUUUGUUAUGUUUAAAAAAAUAUUUAUGAUUUUAUUUCCUGUUUGUACAUAUGCAUAUUAAAAGCCCUUUCGCUUAUAAUGUUCAGAUAAGUGAUCAAUGUUUUUUUGUUGUUGCAAUUUUUAAUAAAAUAAAGAAAAUUAAGAGAAAUUAAAUUG